AACUUAGCGGAACGACGUCUAUUCGCGUCCGGGGAUCGAUUCCACUCCACCGCUCGGCUCGUCGCUCGGGGAAAUGGACUUCGACUUCAACACCACCGCCUCCUUCUCCUCCUCGGCUUCCGUCGCCACCGCCAACUUCACCCUGUCUCCCUUCACCCUAACGCCCCUCCCGCACCUAGCCGACCACCUCACCGACGUCCCGGCUCUCCCCACCCCCAUCGACCGUAGCCCCUUCUACCACCCCUCCCCCGGCUUCUACAUCGCCCCCUCCGACAUCAUCCUCCGCCACAUCCUCUUCGACCUCUCCUCCUCCGACUCAACCCCCAGUUCCUGCCUCCCCGCCUACCACCGCGCCGGGCCCCGCCAGACCAUCCGCUUCGACCCCGCCGCCGUCCGGGCCGCCAUCGUCACCUGCGGCGGCCUCUGCCCGGGGCUCAACACCGUGAUCAGGGAGCUCGUCGUGGGUCUGUGGGAGAUCUAUGGCGUGCGCCGGAUCUUUGGCGUGCCCUCGGGGUACCGCGGGUUCUACUCCGCCGAUCCCGUGCCGCUGGACCCCAAGAUGGUGGAUGGCUGGCACAAAAGGGGCGGUACCGUUCUGACCACCUCCAGGGGCGGCUUCAAUCUGGAGAAGAUCGUGGACGGGAUCGAGAAGUACGGGUUUAAUCAGGUCUAUUGCAUUGGUGGUGAUGGAACCAUGAGAGGUGCUGUAAAAAUAUUCGAAGAGAUUCAACGCCGCAAAUUGUAUGUAUCCCUUACAGGGAUACCUAAAACAGUUGACAAUGACAUUGGCAUCAUCGAUAGGUCGUUUGGGUUCCAAACUGCUGUGGAGAUGGCACAACAGGCCAUCAAUGCAGCUCAUGUCGAGGCUGAGAGUGCUGUGAAUGGCAUAGGACUUGUCAAACUUAUGGGCAGAAGCACAGGCCACAUAGCUCUUCAUGCUACACUAAGCAGUCGUGAUGUGGACUGCUGUCUGAUUCCUGAGAACGACUUCUACUUGGAAGGGAAGGGGGGACUGUUUGAAUUCCUUGAUCAGAGGCUAAAGCAGAACGGACAUGCUGUAGUCGUGGUAGCUGAAGGUGCUGGACAGGAUAUAAUUCCACGAACGGAUGCUCAGAAGGAAGAAAAGGACGAGUCGGGCAAUCCAGUGUUCCUGGAUGUGGGAGCAUGGCUGAAAUCCGAGCUGAAGAACUGGUGGGAACACGAGCAUCCUGGAGAAUUGUUCACAGUAAAGUAUAUUGAUCCCACGUAUAUGAUUAGAGCAGUUCCAGCGAAUGCAACCGACAACUUGUAUUGUACUCUGUUGGCACAUUCUGCUAUACAUGGAGUGAUGGCAGGGUACACAGGGUUUGUAUCAGGUCCUAUAAAUGGUAACUACGGGUACAUUCCAAUCCAAGAGAUUGCAGUUUCGAAGAACUUGGUGGAUACAAAGGAUCAUAAAUGGGCUUGGGUGAGAUCAGUGACAACCCAACCGGAUUUUCUUAAGAUCUAAAGCUAAAGAUGUAACACAGCUUGUUAUGCUCUUAGUGCUCCAAGGAUGAGAUGGCCUGUUACUUUUUGUUUCUGAAUGCUACUUUCUAGCUCUUACGUUUCAAGAAGAUUAUCAGAUUUUAGUCAGAUAUUUAUUUGGUCAAAGCACUUGUGGGUUUGGAACAAAGAUUAUAUGGUACAAGUUGCAUCUAUUAUUGGUGUUCA